AUGUUCUUUCUAAAAAUCCUUGGAGCUUUCAAUCUUCGUCUUGUGUUCGACCACCAACUGAUCUGCCAACAAAUUCCGAUGUCACUUGUUCUGAUGUUCACAUUCCCAAGACGCCUUGGGAUAGUACAGGACUGGGGUUUGCUGACCCAGAAAGUGCGGACGGUCCAGGGUGCCCCCACUAGGAAUCGCGUCGACGGGGACAUCGUUGAGCUUGUGGCAUUGCUCGUUGGGAUUCCGGCAGCUUUAGCAGGCGUCAUAAUAGUCUCGGAGUCUAUCAGGCGGUGGUACCAAACUCGCAACGUACGAACGAACCGAUCGGCAUACAAUCCUAGGCCUCGGAAUGAUGGAUUGGACCAUUUCUCAGGUGCCAUGGGGAAGAGGGAUAGGGCGAAUAAUACGACCCAGCGGAACAGCACAACUGCUCUUGAUAUUCCUGGAGAACCUACUCUUAGAGAAAGUGCACCACCUCUCAGAAUCGAUGACAGUGUCUCGGAAUCCAUACGGAGUCCGAGCCGUACAUUCUAUCCAUCAUGGAGAGGAUCUAGGUCAUAUGCGAGACCUAACCUGGUGGGCUCGACGCCAACUAUCGCUGAAGCGACAAUAGAACGACAUGACCAUAGCCAGGAGUUAAACGAUAUGGUGGACCAUGUUCAACAAGAACGUAGCACAUGGCUGGAAGAAUUAGAGCGUGAAACUACACCUCUCGCAGAUUGGUGAUAGGCAUUCAGAGGGGUGCGAAUCUGAAGAGAACGUUAGUGGCUGGAGAUGCAGAGACAGCAAGGCCCUCUAAUUCAAAUGAAGGAAUGGGACAAUAGUAACGUUGGUUGCUAGACACUUAGUGUAAUGAAACUAUUUGAAAAGAACCUGAAGAGGUACGAAGGGAAAUAUGUGAUGUGACAUUGCCACGGUAAGAAAAGGC